CUGUAAUCCACAAGGCCGCCUGCGAAGUUUCAAAGAUUUCAAGGUCACCUUUAUCUCAUGAUUCCUCACCAUCCUCAACAUCCUGUGCCUCAGUAUCCUGCAGCAGGGAGACCUAUGAUAACUGGUGCUCGUGCAUCUGGGCCGAGUAUUCUGCCAUCUAUGGUCGGUCAGGAUAUUAGCCAAGUAAGUCAGCUUGGAGGGAGAAGGGUGUUACCAGCUGAUCCACGUUUGCACCAAAUCAUCGGACGGGCCGCUGCUGCUCAUAGUAUCUCCACGAAGCGGAAACGGCGUUUAGCUGAUCGUCUACUUACAAAAACUGUACGUGAAAUCAUUCCAGAAUCUGAGUCGUACAUGGAACUUUUGGAAGUUGAAAAGAAAUUAGAUUUCGUCCUAAUGCGUAGACGCCUCUCACUUCAGGAGGCAAUGAAAAAGCCUUUUAAAGUGAAGCGUAAACUGCGAGUUAUGUUGAGUAGUACUUUCAAACCCGGCUCCACAGUUGUACCUGUUGGAUCUGAUGGACAACCUACUCCUGGUGAUUGUGCACCUGGUUGGGAAUUGAAAGUUGAAGGACAGUUGCUUGAUAAACCAGGUCAACCAAGUAAUAAUGAUCCUAAGUGUCGUAGAAAAUUCUCGUCAUUCUUUAAAUCUCUUGUAAUUGAAUUGGAUCGUGAGCUAUAUGGCCCGGAUAAUCAUUUGGUUGAAUGGCAUAGAACUGCGACCACAGCUGAAACAGAUGGAUUUCAGGUGAAACGUAGAGGCGAUAGUAACGUUCGUUGUACAGUACUGUUAAUGCUGGACCACCAACCUCCACAAUACAAGUUAGAUCCUCGAUUAGCUAGGAUACUGGCUCUUCAUACUGGUACACGUUCACAAAUAUUCUAUGCCUUAUGGAACUACAUAAAGACGCAUAGAUUACAAGACCCCAAUGAAAAAGAUUUUAUCAACUGUGACUCAUACUUAGAACAAGUAUUUGGCUGUCCACGUAUGAGAUUUGCUGAUAUACCAAGUCGUUUGGCUCCAUUACAACAGCCACCGGAUCCCAUAGUUAUUAAUCACAUUAUCACAGUUGAGGGUGAUGGUCCUAAAACGGCGUGUUAUGAUAUUGAAGUUGAAGUGGAUGACGUAUAUAAAAGUAUGGUACAUAGUUAUCUAACCAACACACAUGCCAACCAAGAGCUAUCCGCUAUAGACAAUAAGAUACACGACCUAGUUGAACAAAUCAAUCAAAUGAAAGUACAUCGGGAAUUUUACUUAGAAUUUAGUCGUGACCCUCAAGCUUUUAUAUCACGUUGGUUAGCUAGCCAAUGCCGUGAUUACUGGGUGAUGACUGAUGCUACACCAGGGCAUGCUGAGGUGGAGCGUCAUUCAGAGUUUUACAAUGCAAACUGGACACAAGAAGCAGUAAUGCGUUACUUUUAUAAUCGAAUAUCUCAAAGGCGACAGGAUUUGGAGCAUGCACUGGGUCUUAACAAUAAUUAAUGCGCAAUGACGACGACAACACGCUUUAUGCAUUUGCUGAUUAAAAUAAACAGAAAUGUGUGUUUUCUGGUUCGACUGUCAGUCAGUAGUAGAGAACUUGUCUCAAAUGUCUGUAUAUCACUACAUUGUAGAAAUUUUAAUUUAUAAUUUGCUUGUAUAUGUUUAACAUUGUCAUCUAUUACAAUAUAUUUAAUUAUAUUUCAAUAAAUCGUACUUAAAAAUAUAAUAAUUCAAAGGAUCCCCAUA